AGAACCAUCGGAGCCAGUAGCCCUGCUUCCAAGCGCCAUCUCCCUAACCACAUUGACAAGCAGUACUGAGACAUCAGGAGAUGCAGCCACCGUGGAUAGUGUCCCGAGAAUCUCCGAUGGCACUUCGGGAACUUCAGCGAGAAAGCCUGGCAGGACUGUCAGCAGGUGUGAUAAGAGUAGCGCACGUAGGCGUUGCUCUUCAAACGCAGCGUCUGCAACCGAUCACCUGCCUAAGCGCACAGGUGAGAAAACGCACGCCUGCCCCAUCUGCGGCCGAAUGUUUGCCUUGAGGUACCAACUCGCCAACCACAAUCGUAGCGUCCACACCGCUGAGAUGCGGUUUGCCUGCGAGCUGUGCCCAUCCAAAUUCCGCAGGAAGACAUCACUGGACAGGCACAAGCAGUUACACGAAAGGGGAGUGGACCUGUGCCACUGCCCCGAGUGUGGCAAGACCUUUGAGCGGACGACAGCGCUGCAGCAGCACCUGAAGUGGCACAAGAAGGACAAGCCAUACCCGUGCCACCUCUGCCUGGCCAGAUUCACAAAGAGACAGAAUCUGGAGGAUCAUUUGCAAACACACACGGGUGAAAAGCUGCACAAGUGUACCGUGUGCCAGAAACGCUUUGCCUGGAGGGCUGGCCUGAAACUGCACAUACGCCGGAUACACGGUGGAGCUGCCGAGGCGACUCCUGAAGGCACGGCGGACAUUUCCUUGCUGAGUGCUAGUCCUUCAACUGCACGGUCUCCAGGCCCCCUGAACAUGGAUGGAACCCCACAAACAACCAGCACUGAAACUUCAGGAGACGUGGCCAUCUUGGAUAGCAACUCAGGAAUAUCUGGUGGCACUUUAGGAGCUCCAUUGAAGAAGCCUGGCAGCAGGGGUCAUGAGUGUGGCGUGUGUGGGCGGCGUUUUAAGUGGAGGCAUUGCCUGAAAAAUCACCAGGUGCUGCAUACGGGUGAGAAGCCAUAUGCCUGCUCCAUCUGUGGUCGGAAGUUUGCCCAGCGCACCGGCUUCCUUAACCAUCGGCGCAACCACACCGCUGAGAUGCGGUUUGCCUGCGAGCUGUGCCCGUCCAAAUUCCGCAGGAAGAUAUCGCUGGACAGGCACAAGCAAUUGCACGAAAAGGGAGUGGACCUGUGUCACUGCCCCGAGUGUGGCAAGACCUUUGAGCGGAUGACAGCACUGCAGUGGCACCUGCAGUGGCACGAGAGGGACAAGCCAUAUCCGUGCCACCUGUGCCCGGCCAGAUUUAUAAACAAGGUGGAUCGGGACAAUCAUGUACUAGUGCACACAGGUGAAAAGCCGCACAAGUGUCCCGUGUGUGAGAAAGGCUUUGCCUGGUGGUGUAACCUGAAAGCGCACAUGCGAUCUACUCACGGCAGUGUCAAGACAGCCGAGGCAAGUGUUGAACAGCAGUGCAGAGAUGAUAUUGCCAGACAGCCCUCCAGAUCAUCCCUAGUGUACUGCUACCAAACGUGCUACAGCUUCUCAUGAAGGACACAACGGUGAAAAAAAUAAAAGGCAUGGCUCGAACCCAUGUAUGGUGGCUGACCUUGGAUGAAGACAUCAGUGCUGCGGUGUGUCAGCGUCAUGUUUGUCAAGAACACGAGCGAACUGGGCAGCCAACAUCUUUGACGCUGUGGCCGUUGCUUGAAGCAGGUUUGGUCAUUACUUCAGAUUGACUUUGUUGGACUUGUAUAUGUAAAUUAAUUAUGGGGUUUUACGUGCCAAAACCACCAUAUGAUUAUGAGACACGCCGUAGUGGGGGACUCCGGAUUAAUUUGGACCACCUGGGGUCCCACCCUUUAACCUUGUAUAAAUAAAUAAAUGCUAAAAAAAAGACAGCUUACACUGUGACUGUGCUGUGUGUGCCGUGCAGGCCUGUGACUUAGACGCCAAAUAAAAAUAAAUGAAUAAAUAUAAGCAAUGCAAAGGGUGCACAUAUAUACGCUGCGUGCAUCUCACAUCGCAAGAGAAGUGGCAGGAUAGAAUGCCAACGAUGGUGAUAAUGAUGAUUAUUGGCAUUCCCUUUGAAACGCAGGUGGUGACGUAGUCACCUAGCCAGCUUGAUUUAAUCAGGUACACAAUAUAUAUUUUUUCUAGCAUUCUUGUAUACAUCUCUUUGAACUUCAUUUUCUUCCUCAAACCUUCUUUAACUACCUUGUACCUCUACCUGUGCAUCUGCUACAUGGCGUUCUAGCUGGUGUGAUAAUAUGCAACUGCAAUGCAAAAUGCGCACGUAUCGCGUGU